UUUUUGCGCGUGCAUAUGGCGAUGGCGGGUGGGGGGAAGGGGGAGAUCCUGCUGCACUGGCCGCCCAAGUUGGGGGGCGAGCUCGGUGGUGACGCGCGGCCCUCACGUGACCCAGAGCUGCAGAGCGACGCAGCCUUCGGUGCAGUCGUCACUCGCGUCUGGCUACCAGCUCCCCGCUGCCCUGAGCUCGGCGGGCUGGCAUCCGGCCCGGGGAAAAGCGGAGCAGAAAAACAACCAGAAAAAAAAAAUCUCAUCAUGGCAAAUAUUCACCAGGAAAACGAAGAGAUGGAGCAGCCUAUGCAGAAUGGAGAGGAAGACCGCCCUUUGGGAGGAGGUGAAGGCCACCAGCCUGCAGGAAAUCGACGGGGACAGGCUCGCCGACUUGCCCCUAAUUUUCGAUGGGCCAUACCCAAUAGGCAGAUCAAUGAUGGGAUGGGUGGAGAUGGAGAUGAUAUGGAAAUAUUCAUGGAGGAGAUGAGAGAAAUCAGAAGAAAACUUAGGGAGCUGCAGUUGAGGAAUUGUCUGCGUAUCCUUAUGGGGGAGCUCUCUAAUCACCAUGACCAUCAUGAUGAAUUUUGCCUUAUGCCUUGACUCCUGCCAUUUAUCAUGAGAUUAAUACUGUGAUUCCCGCUGUUUUCUUUUUCCUUGCAUUUUCCUAAUAUGCCUUUACUGAUCCGUUUGCUGUGAACCCUAUGUUAUUUCCAUGUGUCAAGUGGGUCUUGUGUUGCCAGCUUCUAUUUGAAGAUUGCCUUUGCACUCCGUGUAAGUUUCUGUCAGCAGUAGUUUCACCCAUUUGCAUGGAAAAAUUUAAAGCUAAUAAAGCAAUUUAAAAAGCAA